AUGUCUUUUGUCGUGCAGAAACUAGUUCGCGGCGUUGCCGGCGGCAUUGGUCUAGCUUCUGAGAGCAUCAGUGCUUACAAAGAGAACAAAAACUCGAAGAAGGCACAAGGUGACACGAGAGAGGAGCCCAGCGAAACUGGAAUUGAAUAUCCCGAAGACAAGAAGGAGGGUUUUAAUCCAGAAGACGAUGAUCCCGUAGAGGAGGUGGACGACGAGCAGCAAUGGGCACUUGAUGAAGCUCAAGACGAACUCACUGCUGACCGUUCACCGCCUCCCCUUUCAAAAGCCACUACGGAAGAACCUUCUGCUCCCGACCUUGCAGAGGCAUUGGUUCGACAGUACCCCAUGCACGAGCUCAAAGAACUGGAAGUCCCUCCACCUUCGUACGCGGAGGCCUCAGAGACCGGCGCGUCGCCAUCAAAGCCAGUCUCUAGUCGCCCGAUGCUCCCUUACCCUGUCGUGGUUCCUCAACGCAGACCGAAAGCUCGUGCUCGCGGUUUCAUUCGUGCCUACCCACCAAUUCUUGAAGAAUUCGACAUCGACCAGAAGGCGUUUCUUCAAUUCAUUGACGGUGCGAAUAAACUCGCCCUGCAAUCGCAGUGGAUGCAAGCGAUCAAUUUGGCGUCUCUUGCCACAAUUCCUCUUCCAUUCGGUAUUGGCGUCGCCAUCUCAAUUGCCGUUCAAAUGGCCACAGAUGUUGCUACUGAAAUGCAUGGACGAUCAAGGACAAACUCCUACAUUGCAAAACUCAACAAAGAAUUCUUCGGUCCUCGUGGUCUCUUCUGUCUCGUCAUGACCUACAAGCCCAAUUCUGCCGACCCGUUCGCCCUCCUCCGCACGGGCUCUGGCGGUGGCUCGAGCAGCAAUUUCGACCUCAACUCGACCAUCUCCAACACCCUUGCUGGGUCUCAGGAAACCGCAAACUUUAUGAAGAAGCUCAAAACCAAUCUGAGUGCCUCGCAGGGAAAAACCUAUGGCGGCCAGCUGGAAAUGCUGUUCCCCGAGACUGCGCCGCUCAUUUAUCCCGAGCUCGAUAAACUGGUGCAAAAGGACGACGCAGAAACUCUACGCAAGAGGGAUAAAUUACUCAAGGGCAAAGAAUUCACCGCAAAAUAUGUUGAUAAACGCGCCACCGCAAGAUUCAUUGCCCAAAACCCCGAGAGCGCCCUUGCCCAGAACACGCCCACGCCACAAUUUAAAUCCCGCUUCUCGGACCCCAACCACCCCGUCAACAGCGGCUCGCUCGUCUCCCUCCUCACAGGCGGCUACGUCAACCCGCCCUCUCUCCAACAACGCCGCCAGGCACGCAUGGAGUCGGCUUAUUACGGCCGUGGAGGCGGCCUCGGCGGCCGCCGCGGGCCCGGAUUAAUCGGCUCCGUCAUCUCCGCUAUCGGCGACGCCAGCGCCAACCGUUCUUCUGCCGGUGGGCCCUCCUCCUCUGGCCCCGCAGCGGGUACACCCGCCGCCCGGGCCUCUUCUUCUUCACGCUCGCCCGGUCCCUCUUCCCGCAAUUAUCCUCAAUCACAAUCUCAAUCCCAAUCCUACGACCCUGAUCAACCAUAUGAUCGCUACGGAUACGGUUUCGGAUAUAGCUACGCCACCGGCAACAACCCCGACAGCAGCAGGCGCGCUCGCCGCCAAGCCCUUCGCGAUAUGCGUCGCUACCGCGGCGGUCCCGCGUUGGACCAGGACCCCGCGUAUGGCGGCCAGUAUGGCUCCGGUGGCAUCCUGGGAUUCAGUCCCAUUGGCGGCGUCAAGAAGCUUUUGGGCCAGGAUGUGCUCUAUCUCAUGGUUGUCAAUAUGCCGACUGAUGAGGAAAUGGCCGAGGCUAGUCGUGUCAUGCGGUCGUGA